UGGCUCUAAGCGCGCGAUAUAAAGCCACCGCUGAGUGACAGCGCGCGCACCAAAAGCCUCUGUCCUUUUUCAAAGAGGACUUACAGCGAGACCAGCGAGCAUCUCCCAUGACAUCUCAAUGAAAUAUGACUGUGCUUCACUCCUUGUCUGGAUUAAUGCCUAUAUAAUCGUUAAUUUGUACUCCCUCCCUUAUCUGUCUCCAAGUUUAAAGCCUAUUCUGUGAUCAUGGGGUCUAUAAUGUCAUUUUCGCCUAGGCUAAAGGUCUAAAGUGGAUACCAGGUGGAUCUAUGUUCCUUAAAGACAAAAGACACAGCGCAGGGAAAUUAGUGGAAGUUUGAGAUAAGGGAGGAUGCGGGCGACGUGUUGGUGUGCCGUCUUUCUCAUCACUCCGGCUGUCUACCUGGUUUCAAGUGCCCACGGUUCGAUUCCAGGAAAGUCGGAUCUGCUCAAAUCAGGGAGCCCCAAGUCAACACUAAAGCACAUAUGGACAGAAAGCAGUAAGGACUUGUCCAUCAGUCGGCUUCUAUCACAGACUCUUCACGGAAAGGAAAAUGCAACAGCCCUGGAUCUGCACUAUGACACUCCAGAGCCUUACUCUGAACAGGACCUGUGGGACUGGCUGAGAAACACCACCGACUCGCAGGACUCCAGACCUAGAGCCAAACGGCGGCCUAUGGUCAAGACGGGCAAGUUCAAGAAAAUGUUCGGCUGGGGCGACUUCCACUCCAACAUCAAAACGGUCAAGCUCAACCUUCUGAUCACCGGAAAGAUCGUCGAUCACGGCAACGGCACCUUCAGCGUCUACUUCCGCCACAACUCGACAGGCCAGGGCAACGUGUCCGUCAGCCUGGUACCGCCGACCAAAAUCGUAGAGUUUGACUUGACGGCACAGCAGUCGGUCAUCGACGCCAAGGAUUCCAAGUCUUUCAACUGCCGCAUCGAAUACGAGAAGGUGGAGAGGGGCUCCAAGAACACGCUCUGCAACUUCGACCCGUCCAAGACAUGUUACCAGGAGCAGACGCAGAGCCACGUGUCCUGGCUCUGCUCAAAGCCCUUCAAAGUCAUUUGCAUUUACAUCUCCUUCUACAGCACCGACUACAAGCUAGUGCAGAAAGUCUGCCCAGAUUAUAACUACCACAGCGAUACUCCUUAUUUCCCUUCUGGCUGAUGGUUGCUGCUGAUGCCCCAUGUGAAGGACAAGAAGAAGCAAGGGAUGGAGCUCUCUCUCCCAUCCACGCAAAUACACAUUCCCCAAUCUCUCUUACCGUGCACACAUGGCGCGGAUCAUAUCGAACAAACUUGGAAAAAACGAAUUUGGCUAUUUGCACAAGUACCACACCAAUUUGUUCUUGAAAGGGCAUAAUCUUGUUCUUUUGUUAUUUGUUUAAUUUAUUGCACCAUUUUAUUUAAUUUAUAUCUGUUAAUAUAUGUUUUAGGCUGUUGUUUUAUCUCUAAGCUUUUAAUUAUAUGACCAUAUAAACCCACAGAUGUUGGCGUAGCUGAAUUUGACAUUUUGUUUAAUUUUACUUUACAAAUCGUCUUAGUGCAAGUGCUUGAUUUCUUAGAAUAUAUGUUGAAUUAGUUUAUUUGUAUAAGUAACUGUGUUUCUUAGAACAGCCAAGAGGCCACAAAAGUGUAGAUGUGAUUUUGUUUGUAUAGCCAGUAGUUUGCCGCAGAAUUUCACCGUUUUGAAAACCCUGGAAAUAAUUUCUCCAAGACAAAACCCAGAAUGAGACCCAAAGAUAAGGUGAUACGUAUGGCUUCGUUCUGCUGGCUAUGAGCAGGCCUUAACUACAGGCAUGUUUUCUACCAAUAAAAAAGAAGAUGUACUGUAAUAAUUCUGGAUUGUUUAGCCCACUCCUGUAGUUUAAUAAGAUCCAGAAAUGGUCGGUGGGCUCGCUCAUUGUCACUUAUAAAACACUGUAAUGUAAUGAAUUCUAUAUCCUAGAGCCUAAUUUCUAUGAAUGGUUUGUAUUGUACAUAGUUGAUCCUGAUGGAGCUGCUUCUGUAUAUGCCUUCAUUCACUGUCUGUUAACCCGAAACCUACUCUCUCUCACUUUAUCUCUCCCAGCACCCCAUCCCAUCUAUGCUUGUUCUUGGUUCUCGGACAAAGAAACUGAUGUUGCUGAUGUAGAUGUGAACUCCAUGAAAUCCACGCUCUUGUACAGGGGCUGUAAAACUGUCAAAAAUAUAUAUUAGAAGUACUUAUCAUCUGUAUGAUCAUGUUUACUUUCAGGGGAACAAAGGGGCGGAGAUGUACAAAUGAAUAAAAUACUGAAAGUUUUAU